GUUUUCGUGGAGCAAAACAAACGAUCGGACCGCAAUAAAAAUCUACUUUAAAUGCGCUGGAGGCUUAAGAUUCUUUUCAUUGCUAUUGUGAUCCAAAUAGUGUGUUCCCAAAAUGGUCAGGACUCGGAUGCGGAGGUGGAGACGGACUUCGGUUCGAAGUCGGAGCUAGCGUUUUUUACCAAACUCUACGACAGCAACCUGCGAAAGUUGGUGAAAAUCAGGAACGACUCAACGGAUCCGUGUGACGAUUUCUAUGCCCAUGCCUGCGGAAAUUUUGAUCGAGAAGUAGGCGAAAAUCCAGAUGAAUUUCUGCCACCAUAUCUCUAUAACAAGCAGGACCGAAUGGACUUCUUUUCGUCUGAGGUGGGCCAUUUCGAGACCAUACCAGGAAAGUUGCUUUCACAACUUUAUGCGGAAUGUCGAAAGAGGGGAGAAGGUAAUGUUUUUGGUGGAACACCAAAAACCACCCACUGGGAGCGUCUGCUGGAGGAGAUUCCCUUCCUGGCCAGCCACAGGGAUGUGCUCUCUUCCUGGCCUUUUCUCAGAAGGCAAUGGGAGCGAAAACAACUCAAUGGUCAGCUCAAUUGGAUAGUUCUAUCGGCUCAAUUGGCAGCCUAUGGCCUACCCACCCUGCUCCGCAUCUACUUUGCCCUGGACACGAUUUAUGUGACUCCCAUGGAGGAUCUACCCUGUCCCAGUGUGGAGGAUUUCAAAUCUAGCCUAUCUGAUGUCUUAAAGGGUCGUCCUCAUCAGGUAGCCCAUAUAAUAGCACAUGAGAUGAGUGUUCUUUGUCGUGGAAUGAGGGGAGAACUCCCGUUGGCGGAGAGUUUAACCAGGAAUGGCAGGACCACAGCCCAGAGAACCAGACAUGAGCAGCUGAUCCUGGAUGACAACACCAAGGACUACUUUCAGCUCUUUUUUGCCGAACUCAACUUCUCCAAGGAGCAGCUGGAAAGGGCGCGAAAGUUUCCCCUAGAUGUGGAGAAGAUCGACCAAGCCUGGGAGGUUCUCAGGCAAACGGAACCCCGUAUAGUCUACAACUAUGUGAUGUGGCAGGCCAGGGAGCAGCUCAGAUACCCGGAUUGCUAUAAACUAGCCGAGGAGUUCGAGAGAUUACUGCACUCGGAGUACUGGCAGUGGCAUGUCUUAAGUCCCUACCUCACAAGGGAUGUGGCUCUGGCGGCCUAUCAACUGCACACAACCCGCUUCCAGAAGCUAAGGAGAUCCAGUCUCUCUAGAAGAGAUUGGUAUGGUCACCUGUGGCCAGCAUCGGUGGAGAAGAAGGAGCUGCAGGUGGCGCGCAUCCUGCAGGCUCAUGCUCAAAGCUAUCUGAAUAUCACGGAGCUCAACGAGAACUACGGGGGGCUGGGCCUUACCAAUAACUCCUUUCAUGGAAAUCUCCUGCUCCUCCGGAGGGCUCAACUGCGCCACAGUUUCGCCUCGCCCUAUGUGGACGAAGAGGACGUGAGUCAGCCACCCUACUUCCUGAGGCACUUUCUCCACUUCGUACUGCUCUCAUUGCACCGACCGACUUAUCACUAUUAUGCCACCCAGGGCCUGGAACUGUGGAGGCAGUCCCGCCUUCUCCUGGACACCGAUGGUCGCUACACCGCUAUGGACUGCCUGGAAAGGCAAUCCCUGCAGCACUACGAUGCAGAAGUGGCUCCGAUCUACAGGCCCCUCGGCUCGGAGGAGGUGGCGGAGACCUUUCACUUCUAUCGCUCGUUUCAGUAUUCCCUGAGGGACUACCACUUCUGGCUGCAGGGCGAGAGAUUCGCCUUCGCCGAGAGCGCUGUGCUGCAGUUCUUCGGACUGGACCCCCAGAGGGUGCUCUUCUUCGCGGUGGCCCAGCAGUUGUGCAACCGCCAAACGGAGAUCUUUGCGGCCCAACUGAACAGGGGUUACAUGAACAUGCCCGAGUUCCAGGAGGCCUUCAAGUGCGCAGCCGAAAAACCCAUGAAUCCCUCCCCCAGAUGCAUGAUCAAUAUGUGUGAAUAAGUUUGUUUCUAUAGCAGUAAAUAAGAUACGAAUUAUUUUGAAUAAACCAUUGAAAUGUUUGUGAUAUUUUAUAAAGAAAAUAGCCAUAAAAGCAAUAAUAAAAUAAACCUGACAUCAUA